GGAAAGGGCUGUUGGGGGUAAAUGGCGGGAGGCAUAAAGGGGAGUGAGAAGGCAGCUAAUUAAAUACUGAGAAGAGUGCUGAAGGAACCCUGAAAGGAACUGAAGCGAAAGAGGGAAGCUGGGAGGGGCACUGGGCAGGAUUAAUAUCAAUGUUUAGGGAAUUUUGAGGCGGGCGUCAUCUCCUUUAGAGCUAGUAUAAUUUUAAAGAGACAAUUUCACAAAACAGUCCCGCCCCCAAGCAGGGUUAGAGCUCUAUUUCUUCAAGCACUGAGUUUGGAUGACUUUCUUGUUCAAUUCGGAAACCGUGGGCAAGUUCUUGCAGCGCCCCACGCUUAAAACAAGGAAUGGGGUUGUUGGUUGCCGACAUGCCAAGCGGGUGAGAGCUAGGGCAGACAAGCCCCAGAGAAAAGGGUGGGGACUAGAGGUAGUUUUACUCUCAUCCCUUCUGAUUGGUCUUGAUUGACCCUGACUCUUCUGUAACUCUGGCCGUAUGGAAUCUCUUCCCGAUUCAUUCUUGACUUCUUCUCGAAAGUUAAGUGAGACACUGUUUACCCAUUUCCUUAAGGUGGUACCCCAAGCCUAGGCUUUUUCCUUCAUGUUAGUUAAAAUGUAAGGAUCUGAGUAAGAAUGUCCCCAAAAGCAGGGAAGGCUCUUCUUGUAUUUUAAACUUGUCUGGGUUUUUUGAGACAGGGCUUCAUAUUUACAUAGUUCCGGCUGGCCCUGAACUCACUAUCUAACGAAGGCUGGCCUCGAACUUUCAGUGAUACUCCUGCCUUAGCCUCCUGAGUGCUGAGACUGUUGGCAUGUGCCCCCAUGCCCAUCAUCUUUUACAUUUUUUCCAAAGUCUUCAGUGUUUCCUUUCUGGAAGUUCUUUCAUUCCUGCUGGAGUUCAGAGGGUUUUGGCUUUUCAGGGAGAUUAACUGGGGGAAACACACUCCAGCGGUUGAGAAGAAAUUAAGUUGGAUCCUGCCUCAUCCCCUUAUUGUGGUAGGAUGAAUGUGGGGGUGGCACACAGUGAAGUAAACCCCAACACGCGAGUGAUGAAUAGUCGGGGCAUCUGGCUGGCCUACAUCAUCUUGGUAGGACUGCUACACGUGGUUCUACUCAGCAUCCCCUUCCUCAGCAUUCCUGUUGUCUGGACUCUGACCAAUGUAAUCCACAACUUGGCAAUGUAUGUCUUCCUACACACAGUGAAAGGAACACCCUUUGAAACCCCUGACCAAGGAAAGGCUCGGCUACUGACACACUGGGAGCAGAUGGACUACGGGCUCCAGUUUACCUCUUCCCGAAAGUUCCUCAGCAUCUCUCCUAUUAUACUCUACCUCCUGGCCAGCUUCUACACCAAGUAUGAUGCUGCCCACUUCCUCGUCAACACUGCCUCACUGUUUAGUGUACUGCUGCCCAAGUUACCCCAAUUCCAUGGAGUUCGUCUCUUUGGCAUCAACAAAUAUUGAGGGAUAGGGCUAAGGAAAACUCCAUAGGGAUGAAGAAGGCACUGGAACAAAGGACCGAAAGAAAUAUCUUUCCCUUCUCCAAACUAUCUUCUGUUUCGUGAAAGCCUGAAAACUACACCUUUCCCAAACUCAGGAAGAGAAGAGGUUGGAAAAUGAGACCCUUGGGUCCAGCCCUGCUAAGAGGAAGAUUUUUUGAGUCAGGAAAGGCAAAUGAGGUUAAAAGCCAAAAUACUCUAUAACAAGAAGCCAUAUUUGGGCAAUUUGGUGAUUAUUUCCCAUAUUUUUCACCUCUUCAAUUUUCCUGCUCUGUUUUGCUGUGUAUUUUUCUUAUAAUAAAGAUAAAGAUAAUUUUUUUUCA